AUGAAAUAUUUAUGGUUUGUGUUUUGUUUCUUUGUGUGCAGAGCAUCCGGACCAGAUGAAGAUGCUGUCCAAGAAAUUCCAAUGGAGGCACAAAUGCUAAGUGGUGAAGCGCUCGUCGAAUACCUCAGAAUAAAUCAAAACCUCUUUGAGGUCAAUUCUGAUCCGACGCCUGGUUUUGAGCUCAAAUUGAUGGAUAUAAAAUUCGAGAAUCAGGUUUCAAACCCUGUCCUCAAAGACGAUCCCGACCCAGGAAACGAUAUACCGGAGAACUACGAUCUUCGAACUAUCUGGCCCAACUGUUCCUCGCUAUUUACAAUCCGUGAUCAAGCAAACUGCGGCUCAUGCUGGGCUGUCUCAACGGCAUCAGCAAUUUCGGACCGUAUCUGCAUAGCAACUAAAGGAGAAAAACAGGUAUAUAUCUCUGCUAGUGACAUUGUGACAUGCUGUACAACACAGUGCGGCAGCGGAUGUAAUGGAGGCUGGGCCUACAAAGCUUGGGAGUACUUUGUUGAAGAUGGAAUUGUCUCCGGAGGACAUUAUCAUAGUAAGGGUUGCUGUCGUCCUUAUCCGCUUCAUCCAUGUGGACACCACGGAAACGAUACCUACUAUGGAGAAUGUCCUGAAAAGGCGAAAACCCCAGCCUGCAAAAGGAGAUGCCAACCUGGUUUCAGGAAACCAUACAGGUUGGACAAGCUAUAUGGCAAGGACGUUUAUAUGCUACCGAAAUCGAUUGAAGCUAUACAAAGGGAUAUUAUGGAGAAUGGGCCGGUUGUUGCCUCUUUUAAAGUUUAUGAGGAUUUCAGACACUACAAAUCAGGAAUCUAUAAGCACACCGCUGGUCAGCUUCAAGGCUACCAUGCAGUGAAAAUGAUCGGAUGGGGAAAGGAAAAUGGUACAGACUACUGGCUCAUCGCUAACUCGUGGCAUGAUGACUGGGGUGAGAAAGGUUUAUAUCUCUGCCACUGACAUUUUGUCAUGCUGCUGUGGUCUCGGGAGGACCUGCCAAGCUGGUCUAAGAAACAGUACAGGUUGGACAAGCGAUAUGGUGAGCACAAAACUUUCCGGAUCUGA